AAUUGACAUGUAAAUUAAAACUUAAAACUUUGUUAUUGUAACGACAUUUUCUGUUAAUUCUGUUCGUAAAUCGGGAUUUAUUCAUAAGUUUAAUAGUUUUGUUGUUUAUUUCGGUAUUCUGUCUUAUCAAGUGGGUAACAUGAUUGAAGAACAUAAGGAGGAGAUCUUGCAAAGUAUGAAUGGGGAUACCGCUAUAAUAGUUCAAUUGCUCAAAGAAAUACAGGAAAAGGAAAAUAUAAAUAACGAACUGACCCAAAAAAUUGAUCAAGUGACCCUGGAGGAGGCACGAAAGAAAACGUACUUGCGUCGAUGCGAAGAACAGUCUAGAGACGGCACUCAGCGUAUUAACGAUGCGAUAAAAGUCGCUUUAAAGAUGGAGAAAGUAGUUCUUUCUAAUUGUAAUAAACUAAUUGAUGCAAAGCAGGCGAUUAAUAACUCAGCUAAUGAUAUUAACAACAUACAGCAACAAAUUGCAGAUGCAAAUCAAAAAUGCAACCAGGCAAAGGAUUUUAUUGAAUCUUUACGUGCUAAUAAUGCUUCAUUAAUGAGUAAACUUGAAGAACUUGAGCAGCAGCUAGCAUUAGGGAUUUCCAACUAUAAUGCACUGGAAGAGCAAUAUAGUAAAAUAGAUCUUAAGAAAGAUGAGCAAGAACUAGAGGAAAAUAGAAAAACUAUUGCUCAUGCAGACUCACUAAUAAAGAACUUAGAAGAUAUGAUCAAACAACAAGAAGCUCAACUGCAGCAGAAAGUAAAAGAAUGUGCUUCAGUAACAGCUUUGUUUGACGACAUUCUAAGCACUUCUUAAUAGUUCAAGUAUGUAAGUAUUUAGUAAUUUGAUGAACAGUAGGUGCGUGAGAACAACUUCCUAGUUUGUGUUGCUAGAAAUCAUUUAAUAAUAAUGGCAUGUUCUACAUAGAAAUUUAAUCGCAAAUAUGCUUGUUUGGCAUAUUUAUCUGAUUUAUCUAAUCAAUUAGUAGUAUUAUAUGCAAUUGUUAUCUUUCACAUAUGCAAUUGUUAUCUUUCAAUCGUAAUAAUUACAUGAGAAAUUAUUCGAUGCUAUGUGUUUGUGUAAAUAAAAAUAAUUAUUGAUUUAAA